CCGCCCAUGGGCUCCGCCUUUUCCAAGAUGGCGCCCGCCAGGCGCGGCGGGCGGCAUUAGCGGGGCCGGGCGGUACCGGGCGGGACCGGGGCGGUCCCGGAGCGCUCCCGGCGGGGCCCGGAGCGGCCGCGAGGCCUCUGCGAGCGGCGAUGGCGGCGGCGGCGGGCGGCGGGGCCGGCGGGGGCCGGCGGGAGCCGCCUCACACGCUGCAGGGGCUGCUGGAGAUGGCGGUGGUGGCCGGGGAGGCGCAGCCCGAGCCCCGGCAGCCCAUGGCCGAGGAGAGGCAGCAGUGGCUCCGUGAGGCCGUGUCCGAGGCCCUGUCGGGCUCUGGCUCCAUCAGGGCCCAGCUCCAGCGCUGCCUGCGGGUCCUGGCCGGGCCCUGUCCCGGGGAGGCGGCGCCCGAGCGGGGCCUGGGGGACACCGGGGGCCACGAGGGGGCGCUGGAGGAGCUGGCGGAGCUCUGCGAGAGCCUGGACUGCGCCAACGAAUUCUGCUCUUUAGGCGGCCUGGAGGUGGCCCUGUCUCUCCUGGGUCACCGCUGGCCCCCUCUCCGUGCCGGGGCUGAAUUUGGGGCUGAAUUUGGGGCUGAAUUUGGGCCGUUUUGGAAUUCUGCUCUUUAG